AUGCAACUAUUAAUCAUCUUAUCUAUAUUGUUGUCACUAUGUGAUACGGAGAAUUUGACGGUUUUAUUAGUUGGAUCUAGAUACAAACUUACUGAACAAAGAGUAAUGGAAAGGAGGAAGCAAAUUUUAGCAGAUUGUGAAAUAUUAAAGCUCUCUUGUUCCGUUUUCGACGCUCUAAAUGAUUUUUCCACGGAAUCUUAUCCUCAAGGGAUGUGGACUAUAGUUCCCGCAAUUAUGAAAUUGCCGUUUAUUUCUGAUUGGAUAAUCAUCGCAGAAGAUACUUCUGAAAUUAAUAUUUCAAACUUACCGAAGUUCUUCGAAUCUGAACCAUCUUCUGAUAUGGUAUUUUCCGGGUUUGCACUUCAGGAUCGAGACCCGACAAUUAUCCAUCACUUUGGAAUGAAUGCUCCUGAAAAUUUCCAAUAUCCCUUAUUUUCUGCUGGUUUUAUCUUGUCAAAAAGUGUAGUUGAAAUUAUUCGAAAAGUCGAUAUAAACGAUCGAUGGUCCGGAUUUGCAAUUGAUGCAAAAUAUGAGUUUGCUCAGUUUUUACACAAAUGGGAAAAUUUGAGGCUUCACCAUCAUCCUGAUUAUUUUUGUUGUGGAGAUACCAUUGAUAGUUGCAUUGUAAAAUGUUCAAUUCCCUUUCCAAAAACGUCAAAUUCAAUUUCUGAUUCUGAAGUUCAUGUCAUGGUCAAAACGUUCGAAGGACAUCAUGUGAACCGACUUGAAGUUCUCAAAAACACUUGGGCAUCCGACGUGUCACGCAUAGAGUACUGUAGCGACAAAGAGGAUCCGGCAAUUCCAACAAUCAAUCUAGGAGUCGACAAUACGGACAGAGGACAUUGUGCAAAGACAUGGGAAAUAUUCAGAAGAUUUUUGGGAAGUUCUGGAAAUGGAGCGAAAUGGCUUGUAGUAGCCGAUGAUGAUACAUUGAUGAAUUUCAAACGGUUGAAGCAAAUGUUAGAGUUAUAUGAUUCUGGAGAUAAGAUAAUUAUUGGCGAGCGCUAUGGAUAUGGAUUUAGUUUGAAUGGUGACAGUGGAUAUGACUAUCCCACUGGCGGAUCUGGAAUGAUAUUCACGCGCUCCGCAGUUGAAUCUUUACUUGCACAAUGCCCAUCGUGUAUUGCAAAUACUGAUCCGGAUGAUAUGACGAUCGGAAUUUGUGCACUAACAGCUGGAAUUCCAAUUGUUCACGAAUCUAGAUUACAUCAAGCGAGACCUCUAGAUUAUGCUCCGGAGUACAUAAAAUAUCCAAUAUCAUUUCAUAAAUUUACUGAUAUAGAUCCAAUUUCAGUAUAUUACGAGUACCUAGUAGAAUUAGAAGAAUAUAAUCACAAAUCUGAGCUUUAGGAAAACGACAUGUAUAACAGGAAUGUGUUAUUGUUAUUACGAGUAUCAUUCAUUGAAUAAUAAAUUCUUCAUCUUG